UAAGCGUGGCCACAACGAAGCGGCGGCCGCGGGGUGGGCGUGGCCACGCCCCAAAGGGGCGGGCAGCCGGGCACUUCCGGUCAUGUGAGGCGGGCAGUGAAGCCGCCAUGGCGGCGGCGUCCGAAACCGAGCGGCUGCUGGGCCACGGCCCCGGCUACGGCACGGCGGAGUCUCCGGUGCUGGCGGAGGAGGAGGAGCUGCGCCGCCGCCUCAAGUAUUUCUUCAUGAGCCCCUGUGAUAAGUACCGGGCGCGGGGCCGGCGGCCCGUCAAGCUGGGGCUGCAGUUGGCCAAGAUCCUGCUUGUCACCGUCCAGCUCAUCCUGUUCGGGCUCAGCAACCAGAUGGUGGUGACGUUCAAGGAGGAGAACACGGUGGCCUUCAAGCACCUUUUCCUCAAGGGCUACGUGGACGGCGCCGACGACUCCUACGCCGUCUACACCCAGCGCGAUCUCUACGACCGCGUCUUCUACGCCGUGGAGAAGUACUUGGCCAUUCCCAGCGAGAGCAUCGGGCGCUACGCCUACGCGCGGGAGGACGUCGGGGGGAACCGCUCGGCGCUGCUGCUCUGCCAGCAGUAUUAUCGCAAAGGGCGCAUCGACCCGGCCAACGACACCUUCAACAUCGACCCCAAGGUUGUCACCGACUGCCUGGGCGUGGAUCCCGAGGACCCGCAGCCCCUUCCCCCCGAGCUGGCGCAUGGCUACAAGAACUUCACCCUCAAGUUUCACAAGCUCAUCAAUGUCACCAUCCAGUUCAAGUUGAAGGCCAUCAACAUCCAAACCAUCAUCAACAAUGAGAUCCCCGACUGUUACACCUUCACCAUCACCAUCACGUUUGACAACAAGGCGCACAGCGGCCGGGUGAAAAUCCGCCUGGACAACCGAGCCGACAUCAAGGAAUGCAAAGACCCCAGCGUCUUCGGCCGAGGUGACAACUCGUUCCGGUUGCUCUUCGACGUCGUCGUCAUCCUGGUGUGCUCGUUGUCGUUCGUCCUCUGCGCACGCUCCAUCGUCCGGGGGUUGAUGCUGCAGCAUGAAUUCUGCCGCUUUUUCCGGCGCCGUUACGACCGCGGCGUGGGCCUGGGCGACCGCAUGGAGUUCCUUAAUGGCUGGUACAUCCUCCUGGUCAUCAGCGACGUCCUCACCGUCCUGGGAACCAUCAUGAAGAUCGGCAUCGAGUCCAAGAACUUUGCCAGCUAUGACGUCUGCAGCAUCUUGCUGGGCACGUCCACGUUGUUGGUCUGGGUGGGCGUCAUCCGCUACCUCACCUUCUUCCAGAAGUACAACAUCCUCAUCGUCACCUUACGGGUGGCACUUCCCAACGUCAUCCGCUUCUGCUGCUGCGUGGCCGUCAUCUACCUUGGCUACUGCUUCUGCGGGUGGAUCGUCCUGGGGCCCUACCAUGUCAAGUUCCGCUCGCUCUCUAUGGUGUCCGAGUGUCUCUUCUCGCUCAUCAACGGUGACGACAUGUUUGUGACGUUCGCCGAGAUGCAGCAACACAGUUACCUGGUGUGGCUGUUCAGCCAGAUCUACCUCUACACCUUCAUCAGCCUCUUCAUCUACAUGGUGCUCAGCCUCUUCAUCGCCCUCAUCACCGGCUCCUACGAGACCAUUAAGCAUCAGUGCGAGGGCGACGCACCCACCUCCCAGCUCCAAACCUUCAUCGCCCAAUGCACCGACACCCCCAAAUCCGGCAAAUUCCGACGCCACAGCCCCCCCGGCUGCUCCGUCUUCUGCUGCUGCGAGCGGGCUCCUCUGCAGGACAACGCGCUGCUGGUGAAUUGAUGAACCCCCCCCCCCCAGGUUUUAAUUUAUUUAAUCAGCUCAUUUUACCCACUUGGGACCCCAAAGAGGGGGGACAGAUGGUGACAGUGUCCCCUGCGCUUGGGGACACCGGACGGACACUUGUGGCCCCCCGAGGGGAUCAACGUGAGGCCUGUGACCCCUUGGAUGUGUUUGGGGGGGACACUUGGAGCUCUGUGACACCCCCAGGUCUCUUGCCUUUGUCCCCAAGCCCCUUGGCCACAUCAGGGACUGUCCCUGUCCUUGUCCCCAAGCCCCUUGUCCCCAUAGGGUCGUGUGUCCCUGUCCCCAAGCCCCUUGGCCACAUCAGGGACUGUCCCUGUCCUUGUCCCCAAGCCCCUUGUCCCCAUAGGGUCGUGUGUCCCUGUCCCCAAGCCCCUUGGCCACAUCAGGGACUGUCCCUGUCCUUGUCCCCAAGCCCCUUGUCCCCAUAGGGUCGUGUGUCCCUGUCCCCAAGCCCCUUGGCCACAUCAGGGACACGUCCCUGUCCUUGUCCCCAAGCCCCUUGUCCCCAUAGGGUCGUGUGUCCCUGUCCCCAAGCCCCUUGGCCACAUCAGGGACACGUCCCUGUCCUUGUCCCCAAGCCCCUUGUCCCCAUAAGGGUCGUGUGUCCCUGUCCCCAAGCCCCUUGGCCACAUCAGGGACUGUCCCUGUCCUUGUCCCUAAGCCCUUUGUCCCCAUAGGGUCGUGUCCUUGUCCCCAAGCCAAGUAGCCCCUUGGCUGCAUUGGGGACAUGUCCCCACCCUUGGCCACAUCAGGGACACGUCCCUGUCCUUGUCCCCAAGCCCCUUGUCCCCAUAGGGUGGUGUCCCUGUCCUUGUCCCCAAGCCCCUUGUCCCCAUAGGGUCGUGUGUCCCUGUCCCCAAGCCCCUUGGCCACAUCAGGGACUGUCCCUGUCCUUGUCCCCAAGCUCCUCAGCACCUUGGCCACUUCAGGGACUUGUCCUUGUCCCCAAGCCCCUUGUCCCCAAAGGGACAUGUCCCUGUCCUUGUCCCCAAGCCCCUUGUCCCCAUAGGGUCGUGUCCUUGUCCCCAAGCCAAGCAGCCCCUUGGCUGCACUGGGGACAUGUCCCCAAACCCCUUGGCCACAUCAGGGACACGUCCCUGUCCUUGUCCCCAAGCCCCUUGUCCCCAUAGGGUUGUGUCCUUGUCCCCAAGCCAAGCAGCCCCUUGGCUGCACUGGGGACAUGUCCCCAAACCCCUUGGCCACAUCAGGGUCAUGUCCCUGUCCUUGUCCCCAUAGGGUCAUGUCCCUGUCCUUGUCCCCAAGCUCCUCAGCACCUUGGCCACUUCAGGGACUUGUCCCUGUCCCUAAGCCCCUUGUCCCCAUAAGGGUCGUGUCCUUGUCCCCAAGCCAAGCAGCCCCUUGGCUGCAUUGGGGACGUGUCCCCACCCUUGGCCACAUCAGGGACACGUCCCUGUCCUUGUCCCCAAGCCCCUUGUCCCCAUAGGGUCGUGUGUCCCUGUCCCCAGUCCCCUUGGCCACAUCAGGGACACGUCCCUGUCCUUGUCCCCAAGCCCUUUGUCCCCAUAGGGUUGUGUCCCUGUCCUUGUCCCUAAGCCCUUUGUCCCCAUAGGGUCGUCUCCCUGUCCUUGUCCCUAAGCCCCUUGUCCCCAUAAGGGUCGUGUGUCCCUGUCCCCAAGCCCCUUGGCCACAUCAGGGACUGUCCCUGUCCUUGUCCCCAAGCCCCUUGUCCCCAUAGGGUCGUGUGUCCCUGUCCCCAAGCCCCUUGGCCACAUCAGGGACAUGUCCCUGUCCUUGUCCCUAAGCCCUUUGUCCCCAUAGGCUUGUGUCCCUGUCCUUGUCCCCAAGCCCCUUGUCCCCAUAGGGUCGUGUGUCCCUGUCCCCAAGCCCCUUGGCCACAUCAGGGACACGUCCCUGUCCUUGUCCCCAAGCCCUUUGUCCCCAUAGGGUCGUGUCCCUGUCCUUGUCCCCAAGCUCCUCAGCACCUUGGCCACUUCAGGGACUUGUCCUUGUCCCCAAGCCCCUUGGCCACAUCAGGGACACAUCCCUGUCCUUGUCCCCAAGCCAAGUAGCCCUUUGGCUGCACUGGGGACAUGUCCCCACCCUUGGCCACAUCAGGGUCAUGUCCCUGUCCUUGUCCCCAAGCUCCUCAGCACCUUGGCCGCUUCAGGGACUUGUCCUUGUCCCCAAGCCCCUUGUCCCCAUAGGGUCGUGUCCUUGUCCCCAAGCCAAACAGCCCCUUGGCUGCCCUGGGGACAUGUCCCCAAGCCCCUUGGCCGCAUCAGGGACACGUCCCUGUCCUUGUCCCUAAGCCCUUUGUCCCCAUAGGGUCGUGUCCCUGUCCCCAGUCCCCUUGGCCACAUCAGGGACACGUCCCUGUCCUUGUCCCCAAGCCCCUUGUCCCCAUAGGGUCGUGUGUCCCUGUCCCCAAGCCCCUUGGCCACAUCAGGGACUUGUCCCUGUCCUUGUCCCCAAGCUCCUCAGCACCUUGGCCACUUCAGGGACUUGUCCUUGUCCCCAAGCCCCUUGGCCACAUCAGGGACAUGUCCCUGUCCUUGUCCCCAAGCCCUUUGUCCCCAUAGGGUCAUGUCCCUGUCCUUGUCCCCAAGCCAAGCAGCCCCUUGGCUGCACUGGGGACAUGUCCCCAAACCCCUUGGCCACAUCAGGGACACGUCCCUGUCCUUGUCCCCAAGCCCCUUGUCCCCAUAGGGUUGUGUCCCUGUCCUUGUCCCCAAGCCCCUUGUCCCCAUAGGGUCGUGUGUCCCUGUCCCCAACCCCCUUGGCCACAUCAGGGACUGUCCCUGUCCUUGUCCCCAAGCCCCUUGUCCCCAUAGGGUCGUGUGUCCCUGUCCCCAAACCCCUUGGCCACAUCAGGGACUGUCCCUGUCCUUGUCCCCAAGCCCCUUGUCCCCAUAGGGUCGUGUCCCUGUCCUUGUCCCCAAGCCCCUUGUCCCCAUAGGGUCGUGUGUCCCUGUCCCCAAGCCCCUUGGCCACAUCAGGGACACGUCCCUGUCCUUGUCCCCAAGCCACGUAGCCCCUUGGCUGCACUGGGGACAUGUCCCCACCCUUGGCCACAUCAGGGUCAUGUUCCUGUCCUUGUCCCCAAGCUCCUCAGCACCUUGGCCACUUCAGGGACUUGUCCUUGUCCCCAAACCCCUUGUCCCCAUAGGGUCAUGUGUCCCUGUCCUUGUCCCCAAGCCCCUUGUCCCCAUAAGGGUCGUGUGUCCCUGUCCCCAGUCCCCUUGGCCACAUCAGGGACACGUCCCUGUCCUUGUCCCCAAGCCCCUUGUCCCCAUAGGGUCGUGUGUCCCUGUCCCCAGUCCCCUUGGCCACAUCAGGGACACAUCCCUGUCCUUGUCCCCAAGCCCCUUGUCCCCAUAGGGUUGUGUCCCUGUCCUUGUCCCCAAGCCAAGCAGCCCCUUGGCUUCACUGGGGACAUGUCCCCAAACCCCUUGGCCACAUCAGGGACACGUCCCUGUCCUUGUCCCCAAGCCCUUUGUCCCCAUAGGGUCAUGUCCCUGUCCUUGUCCCCAAGCCAAGCAGCCCCUUGGCUGCACUGGGGACAUGUCCCCAAACCCCUUGGCCACAUCAGGGUCAUGUCCCUGUCCUUGUCCCUAAGCCCUUUGUCCCCAUAGGGUCGUGUCCUUGUCCCCAAGCCAAGUAGCCCUUUGGCUGCACUGGGGACAUGUCCCCACCCUUGGCCACAUCAGGGUCAUGUCCCUGUCCUUGUCCCCAUAGGGUUGUGUCCCUGUCCUUGUCCCCAAGCCAAGCAGCCCCUUGGCUUCACUGGGGACAUGUCCCCAAACCCCUUGGCCACAUCAGGGACACGUCCCUGUCCUUGUCCCCAAGCCCCUUGUCCCCAAAGGGACAUGUUCCUGUCCUUGUCCCCAAGCCAAGCAGCCCCUUGGCUGCACUGGGGACAUGUCCCCACCCUUGGCCACAUCAGGGUCAUGUCCCUGUCCUUGUCCCCAUAGGGUCAUGUCCCUGUCCUUGUCCCCAAGCUCCUCAGCACCUUGGCCACUUCAGGGACUUGUCCUUGUCCCCAAACCCCUUGGCCACAUCAGGGACACGUCCCUGUCCUUGUCCCUAAGCCCCUUGUCCCCAUAGGGUCGUGUCCCUGUCCUUGUCCCCAAGCCCCUUGUCCCCAUAGGGUCGUGUGUCCCUGUCCCCAGUCCCCUUGGCCACAUCAGGGUCAUGUCCCUGUCCUUGUCCCCAAGCUCCUCAGCACCUUGGCCACUUCAGGGACUUGUCCUUGUCCCCAAGCCCCUUGGCCACAUCAGGGACAUGUCCCUGUCCUUGUCCCUAAGCCCCUUGUCCCCAUAGGGUCGUGUGUCCCUGUCCCCAACCCCCUUGGCCACAUCAGGGACACAUCCCUGUCCUUGUCCCCAAGCCCCUUGUCCCCAUAGGGUCGUGUGUCCCUGUCCCCAACCCCCUUGGCCACAUCAGGGACACAUCCCUGUCCUUGUCCCCAAGCCCCUUGUCCCCAUUGGGUCGUGUGUCCCUGUCCCCAAACCCCUUGGCCACAUCAGGGACUGUCCCUGUCCUUGUCCCCAAGCCCCUUGUCCCCAUAAGGGUCGUGUGUCCCUGUCCCCAAGCUCCUUGGCCACAUCAGGGACACGUCCCUGUCCUUGUCCCCAAGCCCCUUGUCCCCAUAGGGUCGUGUCCCUGUCCUUGUCCCCAAGCCCCUUGUCCCCAUAGGGUCGUGUGUCCCUGUCCCCAAGCCCCUUGGCCACAUCAGGGACAUGUCCCUGUGCUUGUCCCCAAGCCCCUUGUCCCCAUAGGGUCGUGUCCCUGUCCUUGUCCCCAAGCCAGGCAGCCCCUUGGCUGCACUGGGGACAUGUCCCCAAACCCCUUGGCCACAUCAGGGACACGUCCCUGUCCUUGUCCCCAAGACCUUUGUCCCCAUAGAGUUGUGUCCUUGUCCCCAAGCCAAGUAGCCCUUUGGCUGCACUGGGGACAUGUCCCCACCCUUGGCCACAUCAGGGACACGUCUCUGUCCUUGUCCCCAAGCCCCUUGUCCCCAUAGGGUCGUGUCCUUGUCCCCAAGCCAAGCAGCCCCUUGUCUGCAUCGGGGACACGUCCCUGUCCUUGUCCCCAAGCCCCUUGUCCCCAUCGCUGCCAUGUCCCUGUCCUUGUUCCCAAGCCUUCCUGUCCCCGGCACCAUUUGGCACUUGUCCCCAAGCCCUGCAGCCCUUUCAGGGGACACUUUGGGCACAAAGGGCCACAUCUGCCCCUCCCCCCGCAUUGUCCCCCCCAUGUCACCCGCUGGGGCAGUGGGGUGAGGGCCACACGUGUCCCUUGUCCCCGUGGGUGGCACUGUGUCCCGCUUUGUCACCUCCCGUCACCGCGGGAGCAGCUGCUGCGGCUGGACCCCCCCCCGCCCCAAAAUGGGCCAGUUUAGCCCCAAAUUGGGGCCCUGUUCCUGUCACUCAGCCCAGGGGGGUCGGGUCGUGCCCCAUGUGGGGACACUGGGGGUGUCCCCCCCCCCCCCCCCGGGUGUCACCGUGAAGGGGACAAUAAAGCGACCUGGGAGA